UCUCGGAUAACUAAGUGCCUCCUUCUCAUGAAGGAAGUUUGAAUCUGUAAUUGCUUUAAAGACAGCUGCUGCACGUUGCAUGCUUAAGCACUUGUAGGCUGCUCAGAGCAAUUACUAGCUCUACCUCUCCUUGGAGUCCUCGUCUUCAUUCUGUCUCUCGCUUCUUCCCCCAUGGAUAUGUAAUCAGGGAGGGAAGGAAGAGAGUUCUCAAAGAUAUCAGUAAGCUGCACUUGGAAGGUAUGGUGUACAAAAGAACAGCUCUUAUCUCAGCCUGGCAAAGCAACAACCUGUCAGGAUAAAGGUGAUGUUUUAUUAUCACCCUUUAUAUGGAUAUCAGCAGCUGAAAAGAACACAAGGUUCUGCAUUAUCUUCAAUAAAGGGCAGCACUUGGGGGCUGGUCUCAGCAAAGGCUGGGUAUUAAAGGGAGACUGCGGUUACAAUAAAUAAAAGCUCUGAGGAGGCCAAAAAGGAGAAGCCUACUCCCCAACUCCUGGAAGCUAUUGCUGUCAUCCUUUUCAACAUGACAGCGCGGGUGCUUGGGAUCCUUUGCUUGCUGGGACUGUCACUUGCCUUAGACAAUUCAUAUAAGCCUGGGGACUAUAAUUCUACUGAGGAUGGGGCAACAGAGUUUGCAAGUAGUUAUAACAGCACAGCAGAACAAAUAUUCUUUAAGAGUGUUACUGCAAGCUGGAAUUACAACACAAACUUAACUACACACAACCAACAACAACAGAUUCAAGCUUCAUUGGAGGAACAAGAGUUUGUGGAAGCAUGGGGUAAGAAGGCCAAACAACUGUUUGAUGACAUACGUAACAACUUCACAGACAGUCAACUCAAGAAACUUAUCAAUUCGAUCCGAGAGCUGGGAUCUGCCAACCUGCCCCUUGAUCAGCGACAGCGUUACAACACAAUUCUAAGUGAAAUGGAUAGUAUUUACUCUACUGCAAAGGUGUGUCGUCCAGGUGUCUCGGAAUGCUGGUCUUUGGAGCCUGAUCUGGUGAACCUUAUGGCAUCUUCCCGGAAUUACAAAAAGCUGUUGUAUGCUUGGGAAGGUUGGCACAACAGUGCAGGAAUUCCACUCAGGCAACUAUACAAAGAGUUUGUUAACUUGACUAAUGCUGCGUCACAAAUGGAUGGGUACAAAGAUACAGGAGAUUACUGGCGUUCCUGGUAUAGCUCACCCACCUUUGAAGAAGACCUGGAAGCAAUUUACAAACAGGUUGAGCCCCUGUACCUAAAUCUGCAUGCCUUUGUUCGCAGGAAGUUGUAUGAACGUUAUGGUGCCAAAUACAUAAACCUGAAAGGCCCAAUACCAGCUCAUUUACUUGGUAACAUGUGGGCUCAACAAUGGAACAACAUUUACGAUAUGAUGAUUCCAUUUCCUGACAAAACCAAUGUGGAUGUGACAGACACUAUGGUCAAACAGAAUUGGAAUGCUACGCACAUGUUCCGUGUUGCUGAGGAAUUCUUCCUCUCACUGGGACUCAAGGGGAUGCCUCAGGAAUUCUGGGAUCAUUCCAUGCUGGAGAAACCAAAAGAUGGCAGGGAAGUGGUAUGUCAUGCAUCUGCUUGGGACUUCUACAACAGGAAGGAUUUUAGAAUAAAACAAUGCACCACUGUUACCAUGGAACAGCUGUUCACAGUUCACCAUGAAAUGGGUCAUGUGGAAUACUACCUGCAGUACAUGGAUCAACCAGUCACAUUCCGACAGGGGGCCAACCCUGGCUUCCAUGAAGCGAUUGGAGAUGUUAUGUCCCUUUCUGUCUCUACACCAAAACAUCUGAAGGAAAUUGGAUUACUUGACCAGAUUACCAGUGAUCAGGAAAGUGAUAUCAACUACCUGCUAAAAAUGGCACUAGAGAAAAUUGCCUUUCUUCCUUUUGGCUACCUCAUCGAUCAAUGGCGUUGGAGUGUGUUCAGUGGACGGACUAGUCCAGAUCGCUACAAUUCUGAAUGGUGGUAUCUCAGAACAAAGUACCAGGGCAUCUGCCCUCCUGUUGCUCGGAAUGAGACCCAGUUUGAUCCUGGUGCAAAGUACCAUAUUCCAGGCAACACUGCCUAUAUCAGGUAUUUUGUGAGUUUUAUCCUGCAGUUCCAGUUCCACAAGGCCCUCUGUCAGGAAGCUGGGCAUGAACCAUCUGCACCUCUGCAUCAGUGUGACAUCUAUAAAUCUAAAGAAGCUGGACAGAAACUUGGUGAAGCACUCAGAGCUGGUUCAUCCUUAAGUUGGCAAGAAAUCCUACAGAAGGUAACUAACACAACAAAAAUGGAUGCGGGACCACUGAUGGAGUAUUUCUCCCCUGUCAUUACAUGGCUAAAGGAACAGAAUGCAAAGAACAAUGAGGUUUUGGGCUGGCCCGAAUUUGACUGGCGCCCACCAGUACCUGAAGGUUACCCAGAAGACAUUGACAAGAACACUGAUGAGGAAGAAGCCAAAGCCUUCAUUGCUAAGUAUAACAGCACAGCUGAAGAAGUCUGGAAUGCAUACGCAGAGGCAUCCUGGACCUACAAUACUAACAUUACGGAUCACAACAAACAGAUAAUGCUUAACAAGAACCUAGAAAUGUCCAAGCACACUUUGGAAAAUGGGAAAAAAGCACGAGAGUUUGACUACACGGACUUCCAAGAUGAAGAGGUGAAGCGUGUCCUUAAAAAGCUGAGUGAUAUUGAGAGAUCAGCACUUCCAGAAGAAGAGAUCAUUGAGUAUAAUACCCUUCUCUCCGAUAUGGAAACAACAUACAGUGUUGCCAAAGUCUGUAAAGAGGAUAGUAAAUGCCUUCCACUGGACCCAGAUCUACAACAUAUAAUGGCCACAUCCAGAGACUAUGAUGAACUCCUGUUUGCAUGGAAAGGAUGGAGAGAUGCUUCUGGAAAGAAGAUACGAGAAAAGUAUAAGCGAUAUGUAGAGCUAAGCAACAAAGCUGCUAGACUUAACAACUAUCCAGAUAAUGGAGCAUUCUGGCGGUCGCUUUAUGAGAGUUCGACAUUUGAAGCUGAUCUUGAAAACAUAUACAAUGAGCUGAAGCCUCUCUACUACCAUCUGCAUGCCUAUGUCAGACGGGCCCUGUACAACAAAUAUGGGAAAGACAAGGUUAAUCUGAAGGGGCCCAUCCCUGCUCAUUUAUUGGGAAACAUGUGGGCCCAAUCAUGGAGCAAUAUUUACAACCUUCUUGUGCCAUAUCCUGAUGCUACCCAAGUCGAUGCCACCCCAGCAAUGGUUGCCAAGGGUUGGACUCCCAAAAUUAUGUUUCAAGAGUCAGACAACUUCUUUAAAUCUCUUGGACUCCUUGAAAUGCCUCAGGAAUUCUGGGACAAAUCUAUGAUUGAAAAGCCAAGUAAUCGUGAGGUGGUUUGCCAUGCUUCAGCCUGGGACUUCUACAACAGGAAAGACUUCAGGAUUAAACAGUGUACUGUGGUUACCAUGGAUGAUCUGAUUACUGUCCACCAUGAAAUGGGCCAUGUGCAGUAUUUCCUACAGUACAAAGACCAGCACAUAUCAUUCCGAGAUGGGGCGAACCCUGGUUUCCAUGAAGCUAUUGGUGAUGUCUUGGCACUGUCUGUUUCUACACCAAAACACUUGCACACCAUUGGACUCCUUGAGAAAGCUGAUGAUAACUCAGAGAGUGAUAUCAAUUAUCUGAUGAGCAUUGCACUGGACAAGAUUGCAUUUCUGCCUUUUGGAUACCUCAUGGACCAGUGGAGAUGGAAGGUGUUUGAUGGACGAAUUUCAGAGGAUGAAUACAACAAAGAAUGGUGGAACCUCAGGCUGAAAUACCAAGGACUUUGUCCACCAGUUCCUAGAUCAGAGGAAGACUUUGACCCAGGUGCAAAAUUUCAUAUUCCUGCUAAUGUUCCUUAUGUGAGGUACUUUGUGAGCUUUGUGAUCCAGUUUCAGUUCCAUGAGGCUCUUUGCAAAGCUGCUAAACACGAAGGACCCUUGCACAAGUGUGACAUCUACCAAUCAACUGAUGCAGGCAAGCUUCUUGGGGAUGCUAUGAAACUGGGCUUCAGCAAACCAUGGCCUGAUGCUAUGGCAUUGAUCACAGGACAGCCAAACAUGUCAGCACAGGCUCUGCUCAAAUAUUUCCAGCCAUUGACUGAGUGGCUGCAGAAACAAAACAAGGAGGAGACACUUGGCUGGCCCGACUACGACUGGAUGCCAGUGUCUGAAGAAAAAGAAAAUAAUUCUGCUAAGGUGAACUUCUUGGGGAUGAAUUUAAACAGAAACCAAGCCACGGCAGGCCAAUGGAUUCUUCUGGUACUUGGCCUUGCGUUAACUAUUGCCAUCAUAAUCCUUGCUGUGAAGUUCUCUGGCAUGAAAAGAAAAGUGAGAAAAUCAGACUCGAAAUUGGAACUGAAGUGAAAGCUGCCUUUGCCUGCCUGACUUCUGAAUUUUCUUUCUAAUCAGGUCAUACUUCUGACUAUGCAAGGGCUGCGCUAUGUUGAUUAUUUUUAAAUUUGGACUUUCGUAAUUGAAUAUUCUUUUUUGUGGAACAAAAUGGACUAUGUGUUAUAGCAGCUGGAAAAGGAAUGCUAUGUAAGCAUUCACAUUUUCUUAUUACGGGUCUUUGCCAUUUCAGAGCAAGCUGAUAAUACUGAUAAUAUAUGUAUGUAUGUAUGUACACAUUUUUUAUUUGUUCUAAAUAGUUGUGUGAACAAAAUUAUCAUGACAAAGUCUUUAUUUUAUGCUGGUGCCAAACAUUUGUUUCCUUUUCUACUGCAGUUUCUUGAUAUGCAUAGCACAUGCAUAAUUUAAUUUACUUCGUGCAACUCAAAACAAGCUAUGUCAAGUCCAAAAUGCCAAGUAGAAGGACUGGGCUGAGAAUUCUUUUUUUAUCCAUUAUGACUUUAAUUUUCUUGUUCAACAUUUGAGACCCUCAUGUCCUAGUUGUAUAGCUCAUUAGUGUGAUAUUCCAAAAUCAAUGUUUUACUGUCUGCAUUUGACCCAAACCAUAUCUGACUGAAAAAAUGCUGGCAUCAGAAAAAUACAAAACUGGGUAUAUAUUGGCAAAUGGAUAAACCUUCCCCAUCCCGCUUACUGUUCUGUGUUUAUACUAUGUUUACAGUUUAUUUUAAGGUGCAGCAACCUUAAAGUCAGUAUAUUUAGCAAGAGGGAAAUUGUUUUUUGCAUUUCUCAGACUGAUGUACUCAGUCCCAGUUUUAGAGAAAGGAAUUGACCAGUAGCAGUGUUGAUAAAUCUGUGACAAAGUACCCUGUAAUUCCAUAUCUUCUAUAUAGGAAAGGCAUUGUAAUAUAUAGACAACUGCAACAGGAGUAAGAGUUUUACUUCCUUAUCUAAACAGCUACACCAACAGUAAUGUCAGCAUUUUCCACAAAGUAAGUGAGACAUGCAACUGCUUUUAAUGUAAUGUUAAAGUCAGCUCUGCACCUCUGAUGUGCGAGUCAUAUGCACAUUUAUUAGUGCUACAUGAUUUCAGAGUGCAAGGCCAGAAAUGUCAUAUAUAUAUAUAUAUAUAUAUAUAUAUAUAUAUAUAUAUAUAUAUAUAUAUAUAUACAUGCUUUGUGUUUCGAUAACGGCUAAUUCUAAGAAGGACUAAGAAGAAGAAUUGAAUUAACCUGAAGGGAGCUUGGCAUCCUUCCAGCUAUGCCCAUAAAUUGUUAAGCACACUGACCAGGCUGUUUAAGUGCCAAUAGAAGGGUCACCCUUAAUAUACUGCAAUGAAACUCAAUUUAUCAGACAAUUAGGCUUCCAAAUAGGUCAUUGUUUUCAGUAAUUCAGUCUGUCAGUAUGUGGAAUUACACUAACCAAUUAUGUACUUUUAUAGUCUGAGCUUUUAUCUGGAACUGGCCAUAGACACUGGUCAGAAAAAAAGCAGUCUAACCUAAAAGUAAAAGUUGUGUUUUGUUUAGAAUGACAAGGAUAUGGAAGUUAUUUCCUAAAUACACACUAAACCUAUAAUUGAAUAUAAACAGAAUGACAUUUAAAUUAUUUGAAUUUUGGGAUUGGUAUGCUAGGUAUCUAGGGGAGAAAAGUAGUAUUACAUAGAUCUUGCCUAGGAUACAGUGGUAUUAUAACAAGGGCUGCACUGAAAAAAGUGACAAGAAAUAAGAAAAAAAGCUUUUUAUAACUGUAACACAAUGAAUGUGUGAUUGAACUCUGUCAGCCACAAAAGAAGGCUUCCCAACCACUAAUACUUCAAAAAAUGGUGAGGGUUAGACAAAAUUUACAGUGCUGAAGAAACAGUGGAUAUUAUUGGUUUCGUAAUCAAAUCUAGUUGUGGCAUGUAAUAAAGUUAAUUAAGCAGUAAAGCUUACUGGGUUGGUAUGAUGGUUAAGGUGUUUGCCUCACCUACACAAAGUACAGGGUUUGAUUCCUGCCUUUAGGAGGGAAGUUGGAUUUGCUAUGAAACCUACAAGAUAGAAAGGCUAGUAACCACGGUGACCGUUACAGAGGAUAUGAAACCUACACGAUAGAAAGGCUAGUAACCACCCUGACCAUUACAGAGGAGCAUCAAAAUCAUUUACUUUACUAUCAAACUCUACAGUGCCUUACUGAACUUAUAAAAUGUAUGAAAUGUCUGUGGUCUAUUAAAUUCUUCCUAUACAUCAGAAAGCUAUGAUAUCUUAACAGUCAGUCAGAUAAAUGGAAAAGGAUCACCUAUUUUCUAGUAUAGCUUGUAUUGUUUAAUAAGGUUUUUUAAAGUUUGUUGAUGUUAAUUACUUUGUAUAUUAUAAAUUAGGGUGAUCUUCCCUGCUUUGUUUCAUCUGCACCAUAUAAAGCACUAAAUUAGUCUUCAAAAUUCAUUACAGCUAAUUUAGUUUCAAAUCUGUGCUGUGUUAAGAACAUAUGAUAACUUAACUUCCAGUUACCAGUCAACCUAUUUAGAACACUAAACACAGAAAAUUGUGUUAAGAACAUGUUAACUUAACUUCCAGUUACCACUCAGCUCAUUUAGAACACUAAAUGCAACAAAAGAUUGUAUUAAGAAUGUGUUAUCUUAACUUAGUUACCACUCAGCACAUUUAGAACACUAAAUGCAACAAAAGAUUAUAUUAAGAAUGUGUUAUCUUAACUUAGUUACCACUCAGCUCAUUUAGAACACUAAAUGCAACAAAAGAUUAUAUUAAGAAUGUGUUAUCUUAACUUAGUUACCACUCAGCACAUUUAGAACACUAAAUGCAACAAAAGAUUGUAUUAAGAACAUGUUAUCUUAACUUACAGUUACCACUCAGCACAUUUAGAACACUAAAUGAAACAGAAGAUUACAUUUCAUUUCCACCAGUAAAGGUAAGAUUAUCGACAGAACCUAGUUAAAUUGCACUUUAUGCCUCUCUGCAUGAGGAAAUAUAUUGGGUAUCCCAACCCUAAAAGAGUGAAUUGUUUGUCUUAAAAUUGGAGAGCAUUGGAAAACCAGAAAUAAUUCACACUUGUAUUUUACUGCAACGUGUGAUAUUUCUGCCAAACUAAUAGCACAGGCAGUUGUUGUUUUCUGCCCUUUAGGUCAGUCAGUGCUAAGGUGAAGAGCAGCUGCCUGGUAAGCCACAGUACUCAAACCUGGAGCUUGUCAAACUUCUUUCAAGACCUUCACCUGGUGGACUGCAGAUGUGCAACAGACAUGCACAGCAUAAGAGCCAGUUAAAAAAUUCAUAAAUAAAUCCAUAUGCACAAAUUUAUGGAAAGCAGAAGAAGUGAAAUAUAUAUUAUUCAGAUAUUUACUGAAUUUUCUUGAUUGACAUUGAAAGGAUCCAACUAACUAGUCAGAGCCUGUUUACUGCAGAACCUGAGAAGUAAAACUAUAAAAGUUCUAGAUUUUACAAAAUAAUAGUGUUAAUAGAAAUGCAAGAAAUUACCUACUUUUAAAAUAAAAUUGAAUAGAAUGCAGAACUAAAAAAAUGAAAACUCUCUUGUGGCAACAGGUGUUGGUGUAGGACUGUCAUGCACAUGGUCCUGGGUUCAAAUAUAGCAUAUUCCACAGACUUUAAAAGCAGCUUGUGUGGCUCAAAGGAGUAGGGCAAUUAGCUUGUGUGAUCGUGUUCAUGGUUCUAAUCUAGAAGAAUAAUACAAACAGUAUAAAAGUGAUAUUAAAACAUUAGGUGAACACAGUACUGGCAACUAUUUAGAAUGUGUUCAGUUAAAUUAUUUUUUAAUGAAGGCUAUGCCUAGGCUCAUAAUAAUUACAAUACACAAAACAUUACUGGAUAUAUAAUAAAACACGAUUAUAAAACAAAUACCCAAAGAAAAGCAAUAAAUAAAUAAUCACAGAAAUGCCUUAUCUGCAGGUUUCAAUCAGUAGGGUAAUGAAUCUUACAGGUCAGGGGUAUAAUGGGAAAAAUAAUUGACCCCAAAUGCUGCAAAAGGUGAACAUCUCUGAUAGUCCUCACACUGGCUGAGUAGAGAAGCUGAAAUGGUUUGUUGUUUGUUUUAUGUAGGUGGGACUCAUCCCAUGGAAGGUGUAAUAGAUAAGAACACGGGCUUUAAAUUCAGAUGUAAAUUUUAUUGGCCAAUAAUGUAGAUGAUGCAAAACCGGUAUCAUCUGUGCACUGUGUAAGGUACCAAAAAGUAAGUAACACAUGAUUCAGAGCAUAUAGAAAUAAGAAAUGCACAACUUAAAUGGAUGACGUAAGGAAUAGUAGCUAAGUAAUGUUAGUAUCCAAAGCUAAAAUAUACAUAAAAUACACAAUGUAGGACUACAGCAUUGAGUAACUUUCUCCCUUCCCUGCUGGUUGUCACUGUUGUUACAUGUACAGAUAGAAGAUAGCUAAGAGGAGAAAAAAUGUGCAGAGUGAUGGAAUGAAUGUGGUAACGAAAGACGAGAGCUUAAUGGUAUAGCCAUAGCAAGAUGAGUAAGUGAAAAUAGUAAAAGCGAAUCAGGUCGUACCGUAGGACCAAGGAAAGGAGUUAAGUUUGGACAAUAUGGCAGAGGGGCGAAGGAAAGCAUUAGGAGUAGAAGGAAAUAGAUAUGGAACACAUUGAAAAGGGGAAGACGAGACUAGGAGAUCGGUGCAUAAAGGACUAAUUAAGUUAGAUAGCACUGCAAUCUGAAGAUAAGGAAACCUUAAAGUAAGACCUAAUAAUAACCAUCAGACUUGAUACUGAGGAUGACUAGCUGGCCAAGACCUAUAAAUUAUCCCCCAGUUGAAUGUCCACCAUUAUAUGACACACAUAUAUGGUGUCCACCAUUAUAUGACACACAUAUAUGGUGUCCACCAUUAUAUGACACACAUAUAUGGUGUCCACCAUUAUAUGACACACAUAUAUGGUGUCCACCAUUAUAUGAAACACAUAUAUGGUGUCCACCAUUAUAUGACACACAUAUAUGGUGUCCACCAUUAUAUGACACACAUAUAUGGUGUCCACCAUUAUAUGACAUACAUACAUGGGUCCUGGUAUGAAAACACUGUCGUUCAUUGAUAUUUUUAACUGUUUUGCUAAGGCAAGAUUUAAAUGUCACUACCAGAAGUAAUUUCAUCUGUCUAGUUAACUUCAUCCCUCUUUACCCCUUCCCAAAACCAUAACCAAGAAACCAAAUGAAAAAAAAAAAGAAAUAAAGGUGUGGAUAGAAUGGAAUUUUUCCAAAGCACCAUUAUUACAUUUUAUUACAUUUUCCUGUUUGUCCUUCUUUAAAAAUUUUUUCUUAGAUAAAUACAUCUCACAUGACACUAGACACACUUUUAUUACUAACACACCAUACCAAGCAAUGUAAUAAAUAAAUAGUUAUGGACAAAGGCUUUUUUCUGUGUAAAUGCUUUACUGUAAAUUGUUUGUGCUGUGUUGUAUGAAGUCUGUUAACAUGUGAAAAGUAUCAUCCGAAACACUUGAUAUUAUACUGUAAUUUAAAAAAAAAAAGUUUCAUUUCUUUAACUGAGGAUUGGGGCUUUUUAAUUCUGUAUUUACUUGGUUUCAGAUCAUUAAUUUAUUUGAUGUCUGAAUUGUUUCUUAUAAAUCAGUGUUAUCUUAAACAUUCUGAAUAAAACACUAACUCUGUUUUUCA